AUUACUUCUUCUUUCUGAUUAUUCUGAUUCUAUAAUCUUAUAAUAUAUAUAAUUUUUUGGUUUUAUUCUUUCGAAUUAUCUCAGAAUUGACUCGAUUGAUUGUUUCUGAACUUCGGAUUUAGGAUUAACGAGAGACGAGAAAGACCUAUAGCUAGUACUACAAGUUGCAACUACAUACGACGAUAUAUAAUAUCAGAUUAUGCGAUUGGGUUGAAAGUUCGAUUAAAUAAUCAUCGAUAAUCAUUAGAAAGCAAAAACAAAAGGAAGUCAUCGAUCAACGCACUCACAAUGUUCACCUACUCUUUCUUCAAUUCCUUCCCCGCCGAAAUCCACGCACUUAUCCUCAAACAAUGUCCUCCGAAUGAUCGUACUUGUCUUCGUCUUACUUGGUAUAUAUACAUUCUCUUCUAUCCUCUUCGUUCCUGUUCUUUCCUCCUCCCACAAUCUGUCUUUUACUUGCGUUCCUAAGCUCCCCCUCCUCCUUCAAUCCCUCCCUCCCUCCCUCCCAUAUCCUCACCCACCCAUCAAAACUAACACCAAAAUCCAGUAAAUACCUCUACACGCUCUCUCCCAAAAUCGCAUCCCUCUAACCUACGCCCCCAAACCCGAAGUCCUCUGUUGCAAACCCGAAGUCUUACAUCUUUUUCCCUCGCCCUCUCCCAUAACCCAACAUUCAUUCCCUAUCCGAAUAUGCGGAUACGGGAUGCAAACAUGGUAUGUUCCUUCAUUCCCCCCUCAUCCAACCACACUUCACCCCAUCCCCUCCCAUCCAAACCAAACUAACCACCCUCCCCACCACCUAGCCACGACCGCUCCCUCACCUACAUAAACCAGCAACGCCUAACACAACACCUCCCCCCACUAACAAAACGCAAAUGUCGCGACAGAAGCGCACGACACUGUCCCUGUUUCUCUCGCUCCGGAAUCCUCUAUAAACAACUGCAGACUUGGAUGCCUAAGGAUAUGAAAUACUGUUCUUCAUGUUCUGUAUUUACGAAACGGAGGAAGAGUAGGGGGUUUAGAUGUAUGUAUUCUUUUUUUCUGUUUACCUUUGAACCUUAAACCUUGAAUCUUAAAAUACACCCCUCUUUCCUCUAUCUUCCUCUCCCUCUCCCUCUCCUUCCCAAAAGAACAAACCCCUCCCCACUCCCCACACCUCCAAAAAAUCCCCAAAACUCCCGCAACUAACCCCCAAAAGGCACACACAAUCCCCCUCAUCCCCACCAUCCCUACCGCACCACCAACAACAGCCAUCUAAAAAGCAAUCUCUGGACCUCCCAUAAAGGCCACGGAGGAUAUUAUAAAAAGCUAUGGAAAAAAUGGUUUAAUAAUUCCGCAUGGGAUGCGAUGGAAGAGCGGAUGAGAGGGGAGAGGAAGAAGAAUGAGCGGUAUGAUUUGAGGAGGGGGUAUAGGCCUAGAGUGGGAGAUACGAGGGGGAUGAGGUGUGAGAGGUUUGUGGGAUGAGGUUGGGAGGGAAGGCG